AUGGAUCCACCGCUAUCAGCAUCACAGGAUAAAAUAAGGAGUGAACAUAUGGCCAUAGAUCUCAGUGCCAUCAAUGCCGAUACCGCUACUGAUAAUCUUGGCUUUUUCAAUUCGGCUAUACAUGACGACCAGAGAAGAGAUUAUAACGUUUCGGGGACGAUGUCAACAAAUGUUGAGAGUUCUGAUGAAAAACAUUAUCGAAGAGUUAUGCAGAGUGGGUAUACAAGUCGUUUUCUUGAAAAUCGAGGAUUUGGUUGGCUUCUAGACGUUAACGAUGAUGUGGUUGACUUUCAAAGGCCAUUGUUGGAAGAAUUAGAUAUUGAUUUGGCGGAUAUUUAUUAUAAAGUACGCUGUGUAUUAUUUCCUCUGCCUUAUUUUCGGCUGAAAUUGUGUAUUGUUCGAGAAUCGCCUGAUUUCUGGGGACCAUUGUUUAUUGUUUCAACUUAUGCCUUGUUAUCAUUGUACGGGCAACUAAGUGUACUUUCAUGGAUUUUAACAAUUUGGUUUAUUGGAUCAUUUUUUGUAUUUUUCCUUGCACGAGCUCUUGGAGGAGAAGUCGGCUAUGGUCAAGUGCUUGGUAUUGUCGGUUAUUGCCUUAUACCUCUAGUUGUUGUAGGCCUAAUCAUUUCAGUUUUGUCGAGGUUCCAGUUGUUUUCUACAGUAAUUGGUUGUUUCGGUGUUUUAUGGUCUGUGUAUAGUGCUGGUACGCUUCUCUGUGUCGAAGAACUGCGUGAGAAACGCACCUUAUUACUUUAUCCAGUUUUUUUAUUGUACGUUUAUUUCUUCUCACUGUACUCAGGAGUGUAA